UUAAUCAGUAAAAAUUAUGCACUUCCGCUUAUUGAUAAAGUUAGGGGUGUGUUUUCAAUUAAAAUUCUAUGAAUAUCAAAAUGCCUCCUGGAGAAACAGCCUCGAGCUAGCUAGACCAGACUGAUUAAUUUUAGAUUCAAAACGCAAAAAGAGCGUGUGGCACUUUACUUUGUUUACUGAAAAAGUGACAGAACUGAGACUUACAAAGUAAGCUCAAGUGUGUGUCCAAAGCUUCAAUAUAAUGGCUACUGGACAAGACUCAGGGUUAGUGCCGUGGAUUCGCAAGAAACUCGGUUUCAAGACCCCAGAGAGGAGAACGAGGCUGGACACUGUGCCAGAUACACCCAGUGUUCAGGAGCAGCUGGCCAGGGAUCUGUGGGAGGCUGUAGACAAUAAGGAUGUCAGCAAAGUGAGGUCCGUUUUGGGACAGGGGGCCAACCCCAAUCACCAGCUCUACUGGAGUAAGGAGUGGAGUGCCAAUUAUAGACCACCUCCAGUACACCGAGCAUGCAAGAGGGGCUACCUGGAGAUCACUAGAGCACUCGUUAGUGGUGGAGCUGAUAUAGAGAAACAGGAUGGAUAUUGGGGCGAGACUGCAUUUCACUUUGCGUGUGUGGGAGGACAUAUGGAGACUGUGGUGUAUCUCUCACAAGAGAUGAAAUGCCGUAUUGAUGCGAGGGACAAGACGAACCAAACACCACUACACCAUGCUUGUUGGGAAGGAAGUAUACAAGUUGUGAAAUACCUUGUGGAGGUACUCAAGGUUGAUGUUGGUGAGUCAUUUUUGUAGUGGGUACCGUUUCAUUAGAUCCUCUGAUUGGAAAUGUAAACAACCCGUGAAUUAAUCAGUGUACCUGUAUGUAUCAUCAUGUAGUCAUAAUUAUAAUUAUGGUAACUGUAAUACAAUACAUACACGAUACUAAUAUUAUAAUAAUAGGCAUCCUGUACUCGAUAAGUAUCUGAUUGUGCUGACUGU